AGACCCUGGUACACAUCUCCAGGAUGGGGUUUCGCAUCUCCCACCAAGAGUGUAGUAGUGUUCCUGAGCACAAGAUGAGCCAUUGGGAGCAGCAGGCUUCUUCAGGGAAACAGCUUGGACAGGUGGCAAGAGAAUCAGGUGCAAUUCAACACAUUUUCUGCCCUUUCCACUUAAUGAAAACUGAUAGAGAAAGUCAGUGCUGUUUUAAACACUUUUAAAAAUAAUUUUGAAAAUUUUGAGGCCUUCAAAAAAGUAUCAGGAACCAUAUCAGGAACAUUUCUGUAACGCAUCCUGCCGAGAAAUAAAGCCUCAUUAAUCUAGUUGACAACUGUAGUCCCCAUGUAACCCUCUCCACUCACAGCCCCUCCCCGACCCAAGAGCGCAUCACAGAAGUGGGUCAUCAUUUCUCAUGGUUCUUUAUCCUUUUACUACAUACCUAUGUUUCCCUAAGGAUCUAAAGAGUAGUUGGCAUAUUUUUAAACCUUAGAUAAUACUUUACAUAGCAUACUUUAUAUAGCAACUUUUUUCACUCAACUAUAUUGCUUUUCUUUUUUAAUGAUGAAAAUGCCACCUGUUCCCAUGACACUGAAUUACAUGGAGUGAAAUACGAAAGCUUCCUCUGAAGCAUCCGACUUAGUAUCUUACAUUUUCCGAAGGUGGGAAAAGGGAGCACACAGAAGGAGCCGAGUCCUGAAGACACAUCAUGCACCCACAGAACCUGAUUGCCCAGUCGCAGUCUGGUACUGGGAAAACGGCCGCCUUCGUCCUGGCCAUGCUCAGCCGGGUGGAGCCAGCAGAGAGAUACCCGCAGUGUCUGUGCCUCUCCCCGACGUAUGAGCUGGCGCUUCAAACAGGAAAAGUGAUUGAACAGAUGGGCAAAUUUCAUCCAGAACUAAAGCUUGCUUAUGCUGUUCGAGGCAAUAAAUUGGAAAGAGGUCAGAAAAUCAGUGAGCACAUUGUCAUUGGCACCCCGGGGACCGUUCUGGACUGGUGCUCCAAGCUCAGGUUCAUCGACCCCAAGAAGAUCAAGGUGUUCGUCCUCGACGAGGCCGACGUGAUGAUAGCCACCCAGGGCCACCAAGACCAGAGCAUCCGCAUCCAGAGGAUGCUGCCCAGGAACUGCCAGAUGCUGCUUUUCUCUGCCACCUUUGAAGACUCUGUCUGGAAAUUUGCCCAGAAAGUGGUCCCCGACCCGAACAUCAUCAAACUGAAGCGUGAGGAGGAGACACUGGAUACCAUCAAGCAGUAUUACGUCCUGUGCAACAGCAGAGACGAGAAGUUCCAGGCCUUGUGUAAUAUCUACGGGGCCAUCACCAUUGCUCAAGCCAUGAUCUUCUGCCACACCCGCAAAACAGCUAGCUGGCUGGCCGCAGAGCUCUCGAAAGAAGGCCACCAGGUGGCCCUGCUGAGUGGGGAGAUGGUGGUGGAGCAGAGGGCUGCGGUGAUUGAGCGCUUCCGGGAGGGCAAAGAGAAGGUUCUGGUCACCACCAACGUGUGUGCCCGCGGGAUCGAUGUGGAACAGGUGUCUGUCGUCAUCAACUUUGACCUCCCCGUGGACAAGGACGGGAACCCGGACAACGAGACCUACCUGCACCGGAUCGGGCGCACCGGCCGCUUUGGCAAGCGGGGCCUGGCCGUGAACAUGGUGGACAGCAAGCACAGCAUGAACAUCCUGAAUAGAAUCCAGGAGCAUUUCAAUAAGAAAAUAGAAAGACUGGACACGGACGACUUGGACGAGAUUGAGAAAAUAGCCAACUGAGAAGCCCCUGCAGUCUGCGCCGCCCCCGCCCCGGACACGAGUGCUUCCACGGCGCAGCCUGACUGUUCCCGCGAGGAUGACAGCAGGAGUAGACAAACUGCCUACCUCAUCUGAAAUUACGUUUGGACCUGAUAAAAAUUACCCAAAUUAUUCAGGAAGGUAGAAGAAAAAAAUCUGAGUUUUGGAAAAUUGAGUCCUUUUCCUCCCAUCCCUUUUCCAAGCCACGGUCUCCCCCAUCUUUAUAACAAUGUGGUCACUAUUGGUAACCGCUGGCCGCAGGAGCCACUGCCUGUUUUCUGGCCAGGGGUGUCCAGACCACCUCGAGGCCCUGAAGCAACAACAGAGGAGCAGCCUGGGCCCUCCGCGGACCCACUGGUGUCCCGGCUGAUUGCUUUCCCUCUGUUCCCUGCAGAGGAAUCCCGCCCUCUCCCGGGGUGAGCGUCUUGGCUCCCUUUGUACACCUCAGAUUUGGGGGGGAGCACGAAGUCAGCGAACUGUCUUCAGAGGCACUGGCCUGGCACAGCUGGGUGGCCCAGGGCUGCCUCCCCCUCCCGCAGUGGCUCUGUCUGCUCAGGUGCCUGGCGUCCCGGCCGCUGAGGUGGUUUCUGACACACACCUGGCCGGGUGAGCUCUUAGCGUGGACGGCACACUAUGCCUGGACGUGAGCAGCAGAGUUUGGAGGGCAAGUUAUGACAAAGCGAAAGCUCUGAUGAUGCCGUUCAUCCGUAACAGUGGACCUGUUACUUACUCUGAUUCAUAUACUGUCUUUAUGAAUAAGGACAGACUAAUCAGAGCUCUACCCAUCAUCCACUAUGUUAAAAAAUUUAAAAAUAAUUAUGGAACGCUUUACUAAUCAUGAUUUGUUGUUUUUACUUGUAUUUUUCUGCUUAUUAGACUAAUACAUGCUCAUUAAAAAGGUG